CUGCAGCCGGGAUGCGCUGCUGAGUGGCAGCCCUGCGAGGGCAGCGCCUGCCCGCUCCCCCUCGGAACUGCAGCGGCAGCCGGUUGAGGAUGGAACUGACAUCUUUGCCUAAACUCCUCUGGACGAGUGACAACAAGCUCCUGCAUCAUCAUUUCCCAGAUGUGUUUGCAACUGUCCAUACCACUCAAGACAUCCCAGAGGAAGCCAGUUUUGGACCGUGUAUGCUGCAGAACACCUUGUUAGACACUGUUGCUUUUAUUGCCCUGAAAUGCUCUGAGAGAAGAAAUAUCCAUUAUGUAUUUAAGGUAGAUGUCACCUCAGUGCAUAGCCCCGCUGGACUGCCCUGGAUGAGGCUCGUUCAAGCAGCUGCCAAUAGCAAGGAACAGAACUUGGAAGCCUACUUAAAGAACAGCCAGUUGUACUAUCGAUCUACUAGGAAAAUAGGCAAAAAUGAGGAGCUCCUUGUGUGGUACGAUGAGGAGCUUUCCAGCCUCCUGGGUUUCAGCGCAAUCAAAGCCAGGACUCUCCAAACCGAACUCAGGUGCCCGGAAUGCCAGCAGGUCUUUAAAGCCUGGCACUCCUAUCUGGCCCACGUUCGCUUCCUCUGUGUCCCAGAGAAGAAUGCCCUACCGUGGAGAAAUCUCCAGGAGCAGAAGACUGGGAAGGGCCACUUGCCUGAGCAGGCCACCAACUUCCACAGCCUGGCAAGGGAUCUGGAGGUCAAAAUAGCCACACGGAGAGACGACCUCCAUGGGCUGUCAGGGGAGAAGAGAACAAAGUCAGAAGAGGCAGAGAGCAACAGGAGCAGGAAAACAGUGUUGUUGGAGAAGACAAAUAACCUGGGGGAAGCUCACAGCUAUGGGGGCAAGGAGGAGGUGGUGGGGGAACACGCCUUGGCUGGCUCUGUCUGGAAGCUCAGCUCAGGGAAGCUCUCGGUGAAGAAGGAUGCCUUGGAGCAGAAACAGAGUGCUUUCACUGAGGUCAGGAGGAUGAAGGACCGGCUGAGGAAUGAGAGAGUGAAGGAGGUGGAGCAAGGGGGUGGGCUGGGCCAGUUUGGCAAAGAGCAGAUGCCCAAGGACAUGGCGCUGAAUUCCUCAGGUAGCGCGUUCUCCUUCGUGUGGCCCACCCGAGCCCGAGGGGAGCAGAAAAGUGCUUUUAGCAAGCCAGUCAAGUGUCUGGUGGACAGGGCUGCCGGGAAUUCCUCCCAUUCCAUGAACGAGCUACCGAAGAGCCUGGGGGAGCUGUCUGGCUUCAUCACCACAGCGGACAUCAUGUGCUACAGCAGCCUUUUGAAUUCCAAGUUCUUUGUCGGUGACUUGUGUAAUUCUCAGGUGCUGCAGACGAGCACUGGCAGGAGCAACGCUUUCCCUUAUACCUCAGAACCGUGGCCAAAACAAGCCGGGGGGCAGCUGCAAACUGCCACCACCACCUCCUCCUCUUCCUCUUCUUCCUUGACUCUGCUGCCACCCACCUUCACGUCCUUUGGGGUGGCCGCCCAGAACUGGUGCGCAAAAUGCAACCUCUCCUUCCGUAUGACGUCUGACUUAGUCUUCCAUAUGCGGUCCCAUCACAAAAAGGACUACUCCUCGGCCGAGUCUCAGUGCAAGAGGAGACGGGAGGAGAAGCUAACGUGUCCAAUCUGCCACGAGUACUUUCGGGAACGGCACCAUUUAUCCCGACACAUGACCUCUCAUAAUUAAAGCUGGGUAGGCUGAUCCCACCACAGGAC